GACAUCAUUCCCACGAUGGCGGCCAAUGACAUAGAUGUUUUCGCAAAUGAAGAAAAGCGAAACCUGGAGCUCGGGGGCCAUGUGGGAUUUGACAGUCUUCCAGAUCAGCUGGUCAGCAAAUCAGUUGCGCAGGGAUUCAGCUUCAACAUCCUCUGUGUAGGUGAGACAGGGAUAGGCAAAUCAACAUUAAUGAACACGCUCUUCAACACGACAUUUGAAAAUGAAGAAGGCAGCCACUAUGAGAAUGAAGUACAUCUACGCCCCCAAACGUAUGAUCUGCAGGAGAGCAAUGUCAAACUGAAGCUGACCAUCGUGCAAACUGUAGGGUUUGGAGACCAGAUCAACAAAGAGGAAAGCUAUAAACCCAUUCUUGAGUACAUUGAUGCUCAGUUUGAAAGGUACCUCGAGGAGGAGCUAAAAAUAAAACGUUCCCUGUUGAACUGCCAUGACACAAGAAUCCACAUCUGCCUGUAUUUCAUCGCUCCCACUGGACAUUCACUGAAGUCCCUGGAUCUCGUCACAAUGAAGAAACUAGACAGCAAGGUGAACAUUAUCCCUGUCAUCGCAAAGGCAGACACAGUAUCCAAGAGUGAACUAGACAAAUUAAAGAUCAAGAUUAUGAGUGAGCUGGUCAGUAAUGGGGUGCAGAUAUAUCAGUUUCCUACAGAGGAUGAAGCUGUUGCAGAGAUCAACUCCUCCAUGAAUACUCAUCUUCCUUUUGCUGUGGUUGGAAGUGUAGAAGACGUUAAAGUCGGCAAUAAAAUGGUGAAAGCGAGACUGUACCCCUGGGGAUCAGUACAGGUGGAGAAUGAAAACCAUUGUGAUUUUGUGAAGCUGAGGGAGAUGCUGCUGCGUGUGAACAUGGAGGAUCUGCGAGAGCAAACACACGCCCAACACUAUGAACUUUACCGUCGCUGCAAGCUGGAAGAGAUGGGCUUCAAGGACACAGACCCAGACAGCCAGUCGUUCAGCCUUCAAGAGACAUAUGAAGCCAAGAGGAAGGAGUUCCUUGUGGAGCUGCAACGCAAAGAGGAAGAAAUGAGACAGAUGUUUGUCAACAAAGUGAAGGAGACGGAAGCAGAGCUGAAAGAGAAGGAAAAGGAGCUUCAUGACAGGUUUGAGCAGCUCAAACGGAUGCACCAGGACGAAAAGAAGAACCUGGAGGAGAAAAGACGAGAACUGGAGGAGGAGAUGAACGCCUUCAAUAGGAGGAAGGUUGCAGCUGAGACGCUGAUGGGCCAGGCACUCCAAGGCUGCUCACAGCCCUUCAAGAAGGACAAGGACAAGAAGAACUUCUUUAGUCUUCCAUCUGCGUGCUCCUUAACCUCAGGAAGGCAUUUGAAUUAGAAGACUUUCUACUACAUCAAAAGAUCACAGACUAACAAUCAAACAAGUGUAUUAUUUUUACAAUUUGAAAUAACUAUUUUAUAGAAAUGCACUUACAUCCCUGGAAGUGUUGCCUAAAGUCUUCCAUGUCUGUUUUUUCUUUCCUUGAAGCUUUUCAGCAGUCCUCUGUAGCAUGGUCUCUGCAUGGCUUUUAACCAUCAUUCUUACAAGUAACAUCCUUAUAGCCAAAGUUUCAGUUUUUCUAUUAAAA